UAUUGGGAUAGCGGUAUCGAUGAUCUAUUGGUAAAUAAAGUACUUGUUUGCUAAAUAAUUGUGGAAAAGACUUAAAAAUUACACGUGAACAAUGUUCAUGUGAUAAAUUAACAACGAAAUAUGUUUAUUAAGCAGGUCAUUAUUCAAGGUUUUAAAUCCUACAGAGAGCAAACAGUAGUAGAACCCUUUGAUCCCAGGCAUAAUGUAGUUGUUGGAAGAAACGGUUCUGGAAAAAGUAAUUUUUUCUAUGCAAUUCAAUUUGUACUGAGUGAUGAAUUCUCUCAUUUACGACCAGAGCAGCGUCAAGCGCUACUCCAUGAAGGUACUGGACCCAGGGUGAUUUCUGCUCAUGUAGAAAUUAUCUUUGAUAAUUCAGAUGGCAGAUUGCCGAUUGACAAAGAUGAAGUAUAUUUGAGAAGAGUCAUUGGCUCGAAAAAGGAUCAAUACUUUCUUAAUAAAAAAAUUGUUACUAGAAGUGAUGUAAUGAAUCUACUGGAGUCAGCUGGAUUUUCAAGAUCAAAUCCAUACUAUAUUGUCAAACAAGGAAAGAUAAAUCAAAUGGCAACUGCUCCUGAUUCUCAACGAUUGAAAUUGCUGCGAGAAGUAGCUGGAACUAGAGUUUAUGAUGAUAGAAGAGAAGAAUCAAAAGCUAUUUUAAAGGAAACUGAAGGAAAACUUGAAAAAAUACAAGAUUUUCUUCGUACAAUUGAGGAAAGAUUGCAAACAUUAAAAGAAGAGAAAGAAGAACUUAAGGAAUAUCAAAAAUGGGAUAAGCAGAGAAGAACGUUGGAAUACAUUAUUCAUGAACGCGAACUAAAGGAAAACAAGCGUAAGCUUGAAGAAUUGGAAACUUCUCGAGCUAAAAGUGGUCAUGAACAAGCCAGUUUAACUGCUGAAGUUAAAACUGCUCAAGAAAAAGUAAAAUUAGCAACUAAAAGGCAUAAAGAAGCCAAAAAGGAAGCACAAACUGCAAAAGAAGAACGUGAUACACUAAGUGCGGAACAACAACAACUUUUAAAAGAAAAAACCAAGCUUACUUUUACUAUAAAUGAUUUGAUGGAAGAAGUUAGAGGUGAUAAUGAUAGUCGGAAGAGAGCUGAAGAAGAGUUAGACAAAUUGAAAAGUCAAAUAGCUGCAAAAGAAGCAGAACUUGAAAAUAUUAAGCCACAAUAUGAAGAAAUGAAACGUAAAGAAGAAGAAAUUACAAGGGAACUUGCAUUAAAAGAACAAAAACGUAAAGAACUUUAUGCUAAACAAGGAAGAGGCAGUCAAUUCACCACCAAAGCUGAAAGAGAUAACUGGAUUCAGCAAGAGUUGAAACAGUUAAAUAAGCAGAUUAAAGAUAAAGAAGAGCAUAUGAAAAAGAUUACUGAGGACUUAAAAAAAGAUGAAGAAAAGCGUGGGUCUUUGGACAAGAAAAUUCAAGAAUAUACAAAAGAGAUGGAACGUCAGAAGGCAUCUAUUGAUGAGCAUAAUAAACAGUAUUACGAUUUAAAUAAGUUGAAGGACCAAUGUCAAGCUCAACGUAAAGAACAAUAUCGUCAGGAAAGUAUUCUUCAACUCAAUUUAUCAGGAUUAAAGGAAGAUUUGGCUAAAGCUGAUCAAAGUCUCAGGUCAAUGGCUGGCAAACCUAUUCUGAAUGGCAGAGAUAGUGUUCGUAAAGUUUUGGAUACAUUUAGAGAGCGAUCAGACAUGGCUAGAGAAGUCAGUAGCUACUAUGGACCAGUGAUUGAGAACUUUGAUUGCGAUAAAAGCGUAUACAUGGCUGUUGAAGUGACGGCUGGUAAUCGUCUUUUCCAUCAUAUUGUUGAAACUGAUAAAUUUGGUACCAAAAUUUUGAAAGAAAUGAAUAACCAGCGUUUACCUGGUGAAGUUACGUUCAUGCCCCUCAACCGAUUACACGUCAGAGCAAUUGAUUAUCCGAAAACACCUGAUGCUAUUCCAAUGAUUUCUAAAUUGAAUUAUGAUGAGAAAUACGACAAGGCAAUGAGAUAUAUUUUUGGUAAAACUUUAAUCUGCCGUAAUUUGGAAGCAGCAACAAGUCUCGCCAGAACGUCAGGUCUUGAUUGUGUAACAUUGGAAGGAGAUCAAGUAUCUUCAAAAGGUUCUUUGACCGGUGGCUAUUUUAAUACCUUAAGAUCCCGUUUAGAAAUACAGAAAAAUAGAUCAGAACUGAUGUCUCACAUCACAGAUAUGGAAAAUCAGUUAUCUAAAUUGAAAGAAGACAUCAGAAAUGCCGAUCGUAACAUCAGCUCUUAUGUGAGUGAAAUGCAGCGUACAGAGACGAAAAAUAGCAAAGCUAGGGACAUAUACGAUAAAAUGAAGGGUGAAAUUCGCAUAAUGAAAGAAGAACUUUCUGCUAUUGAAAGAUAUAGAGUCCCAAAAGAAAAGAGCUUACAACAAUGUAAAUCCAGUUUGGAAGCAAUGGCUGCUACAAAAGAAGGUUUGGAAAGUGAACUUCAUCAAGAUUUAAUGGAGCAGCUAUCUGUUGCUGAUCAACAUCAGGUUGAUCAAUUGAAUGAUGCCAUUCGACGUUUGACGAAAGAAAACAAGGAAGCUUUUGUAAAGAGAAUGAAGCUGGAAGCUGAAAAAAAUAAGUUAGAGAAUUUACUUACAAAUAACUUGGUUCGUAGAAAAGAUGAAUUAGUGCAGGCUCUACAAGAAAUUUCAGUUGAAGAUCGACAAAGGUUGUUAGAUACUUCUAAGGCACAGUUGUCAGAUAUUGAAAAAAGAUUAUUGAAAAAUCAAUCUGAAUUUAAAGCUCAAAAUGAAAAAGUUGCUGCAGCUGCUAAAAAGCAAAAACAAGAAGCUUUGGAAGUUGAAAAAUGGAAAGCUAUUGAAAAAGAAGCACAAGAAAAAAUGGAAUCAGAUGCGAAGGAUUUGGAAAAGUUAGCUAGUAAAAUGAAUAUGUUGCAGCAAAAUAUCUCAGAAUUAACACAAAAAAUAACUGAACUUGGUGCUCUUCCAAAUAAAGAUACAUAUGCAAAGUUUACUAAUAUGACAACCAAACAAUUAUUCAAGAAAAUGGAGGAAGCCAACAGUCAGUUAAAGAAAUACAGUCAUGUUAAUAAAAAAGCUUUAGAUCAAUUCAUAUCGUUCAGUGAACAGAAAGAAAAGCUGGUGAAGAGGAAAGAAGAAUUGGACAGAGCUGACGAUAAGAUUAAAGAGCUGAUGUUAGUUCUUGAGCAAAGAAAGUGUGAAGCUAUUCAGUUUACAUUUAAACAGGUCAGCAAAUAUUUCUCUGAGGUCUUCAAAAAACUCGUUCCAUCUGGUCACGCGCAAUUGGUCAUGAAAACUGCUGAUGGCGAAGAUGAUGGAGAUUCUGUUCCAGAAACUGCUGAUUCUGAUCGUUUCGUGGGUGUUGGUAUUAGGGUAUCGUUUACGGGUCACAAGGGCGAAAUGAGAGAAAUGAAUCAACUAUCAGGAGGUCAAAAAUCACUCGUAGCCUUAGCCAACAUUUUUGCAAUUCAAAAAUGUGAUCCCGCUCCGUUUUACUUGUUCGAUGAAAUUGACCAAGCUCUCGAUGCCCAACACAGAAAGGCAGUCGCUGAUAUGAUUCACGAACUCAGUUCUGAAGCUCAGUUUAUUACAACUACUUUCAGACCUGAAUUACUACAGCACGCAAACAAAUUCUACGGGGUGAAAUUCCGAAAUAAAGUAUCUCACGUUGAGUGUGUGACGAGAGAAGAGGCGUAUGAUUUUGUGGAGGACGAUCAGACUCACGCAUAAGAAGCUGAAUCACUUGACUCUUUUUUACAAACAAGAGGCAUUAUUUUUACGUUUUAAUGCAAAAAGUAUAACUACUCAGAUCAUGUUGCGAUGAGUAAAGGAAACAACAAACGAUGACGAGGUUGUAUAGAUUAUAUAGAAUCAAAGAAUAUUACAUUCUUAGUUUCUUAGUGAAGUAUCGAUUGUGUAUCUUUAAAUUGUAAGAACGAUAUUGCUAUAAUUUUUUAUCGACGGGAAUUCAAAUAGUCCAUUAACUAUUAAGACUUCCAACACUUUUUUAAGAUUCACAAGAAUUUACGUAUAAUGUGAAAAAUCUGGUGUAAACGCAAAUCAUGAAAUUUAGAUCAAUUUUUUUAAGACUUUGACUGUCAUUUGAUGCGAUAUGAUUUAAUUUUGAUUUUCUUUUAAUUUUAUGGUAUUAUCCACUGUAUAAGCUGUUUAUUUUAUGAACGUGAAUUUGAUAAAAAAAGGUGUAUACCUCUUGUAAUAAGUCCCUCAAUGAAUUUUGUAUAUCGCUAUUUAUUUUCUAGUUGUUAAAUUACAAAGUUGCAAAAGUAUAAUAUAAAACAGUGUAUUUCUAAAUGAAGCGAUUGUCCUGAUAAUUUACUUCACUUGUUACGCACAUUCAAAUCACAGAAGAACGCCGAUAAAGCAGAUACUUAGCAUAGCAACAAAUCGAUCUGGUAACAAAGCCAUAAGCAAGCAUUUAGCCUAACUUGAAAAUUCAAAUUGCCGUCGCGUGAGAUAGAAAGAUAGUGCGCGUCCAAAGGUCAUCACAUCGUUUAUCGAUCGUCAAACUCGCGUACAAGAUACGAAAAUGAGCGCCGGUGCAAAUUUAUUGAUUGCGCCAUCGCGCGCCCGCGAGAGAGACAGCG